CUUCUCUCUUUCUCCAACGAUUGUGAUCUCUUCUCUGCUCUUUUUGUGCACCACGCAACCUCAAUUCAACGCUUAGUGCCGUCUAAUCUAGUUUACGAGACCCUACGAGACGUCACAUCAACAUGUCUCACGCCGCCGAGUAUGACUACCUGUUCAAGCUGCUUCUGAUCGGUGACUCUGGAGUCGGAAAAUCAUGUUUGCUGCUCCGAUUCGCCGACGACACCUACACAGAGAGUUAUAUUUCCACCAUCGGAGUUGACUUUAAGAUCCGUACCAUUGAUCUCGAGGGAAAGACUGUCAAGCUGCAAAUCUGGGACACUGCUGGGCAGGAACGUUUCAGAACCAUUACCUCCUCUUACUACCGUGGCGCGCAUGGAAUCAUUGUCGUCUACGACGUGACAGAUUCCGACACGUAUAACAAUGUCAAACAGUGGCUGCAGGAGAUUGAUCGAUACGCGGUCGAGGGAGUCAACAAGCUGCUAGUUGGAAACAAGAGCGAUUUGGCCACAAAGAAGGUUGUCGACUAUGCUGCGGCAAAGGCCUUUGCGGACGAGCUCGGCAUUCCUUUCCUUGAGACCUCCGCGAAGAACGCGACGAAUGUUGAGCAGGCAUUCUUGACCAUGUCAAAGCAAAUCAAGGACCGUAUGGGCAGCACAUCCAUGGCCUCAGGACCAGGUGGUAAAUCCACCAUCAAGGGGCUGGGUCAGAACGUUGAGCAAAAGGCGAGCGGAGGAUGCUGUUAGAGUAUAGGAUCUAGAAGCUGGGUGCACCAUGGGAUGUUCGUUCUACCUUUUUCGGCGUUGUCUCUGAAUGCUAUCCUUACCUUACGUUCGUCGAUAGGGUCUUGACCUGCUUAAUGUAUAUUCGCCAGAUUGAGAAGUACCAGCUGAAGGGGGAUCUGUUGUAAGGGCGUCAUGCGAGCUAUUAUCUACGGAGAUG